CUCUGUCAUUCACUCAUACUGUCAGUCAGUCACCCCUACUCUCUUACUACUGCCACUCUACUCUACUAUACUCUAAAACAAGUCACAUAGUCAACAACUAAAGUCACCUGCCACCUACCAUUUCCACAUCCGACACUCAUUCCAUUCCUGACUGACAUAGCCGCUUUGUCUCAUCUCCUGCUCUUACCGACUCCAGCCGUACCAUCCUCAACCCGGCCCCCUCCCUCUCCGACAUAACCUCCACCACCACAUCCACAACCACAACAACAUCGCCACUCCUCUUCUGCUGAUACAGGACCAUAAACAAACGCAUGUACACCUUGUAGUAGCUACCACUUCUGACCCUUCUCCCGCAUACACCUACACCUUUUGAAUGACCCCAUCGCCCGAACAUACCGACCCGCCCUCCAACCUGACCCGUCUCUAUCAGCAACAGCGCAACCGCACCAAAGCCCCGGACACUGCAAAGCCCCGCGGUCGCAACAUUUCAAGACAUGAGCUGGGAAGAGGAGACAGCAGCUAUGGAGGGAGGGUCAACCGCAUAUACCCCAGAGAGAUAGCGAAAUCACCCCCGACCGCGAAGCGUUACUCUUCUACGUCUCCCACCGGCGCGAAUACCUAUAAUGCUACCACAUCUCCGCUGCUCUCUGCCCUGGGAGCUACCAAGACCACUGCUACGCAGUACACCAGUGAAUGGACAAAGUCACUCCCCUUCUUCGCGAAUCAGUCCUCCCCUGGAAACGGUGGGAUCGCUAUAAACGGGUCGCCGCCGAUAUUCCACAACUCACCGGGCAACAGAGACGGUGGCGCGUACGGGCAGCACCUCAUGUCCAACUCGCCCCCAGUGGCCGGAGGGAGGCCCCUGAGCCAUCCGAACCAGUACACAACCUUCGGCGGACGGCUUCGAAACUCUCCCCAGGAGUCCCCCGGCCGUGAUCGAAGAGCGUCCAUGUACUCCCAUGUGGGCGCCAGAGGACCCGUACCGGCAAACCCUCCGCUACCCCAUCAGCCCCAGCCCCACUACUAUAACCUUCCGGACUUCGACCUGGGCCUCAACACGCCGCCCACAGAGGGUUUGACGGCGGGUGAAUGUGGGUACCACUGCGGAUUGGAUACUCUCAGCAUGGCAGGCGAUGAAGCCUCAAAGACGGCGGAGAAUGUCUUGCUAGUUGGCCACCAGGGUGGUCUUGAUGUUUUCCGGGUAGAGAAGGCCAAGAUGGACAUUGUCGGCCGACUCGAGGGGCUUCGGGGCUCUGUCAUAGGUGCUAAAAUACUCCCAUGGACUAGACGGAGGGAUCCAAUGUUCGCUUCACGACCUCUCAUCGCACUCAUACUCCACGGUCCCGUGGUCGAUGACAGGAGAAGCGCCCAUAGCGGAAGCGGCUCCUCGUCCGUUAUCGAUGACUCCGCUUCCGACUCGCCCAGUCGACCUUCUUCUAGUAGGGGGAACGAUCAAGGCAGCAGAGUUAGCCAUUUUCAAACCACUGUCGAAGUGUACUCUUUGAAGGAGAGACGCCAUGUCGCUACCCUUUAUAAGAGCCCGUUAAUUCCCAUUAACAGCCCUAUUGAUAGCCCGAUGUUUGAGCCGCCCCCACCAGCCGGUGAUUUUACACUGGAUGCAAAAGGUAUGUUUGUCGUCGUCGCAUCUGGAACAAGCGGUGAGGUCUUCAUAUUUGCGCCCUAUCUUGCGGGCCACGAAGAGUACGAGGAGCGAUUCCGCUGCAUCGGCAAAGUAUGGACUUCCGUGCAGUUUCGCGAAAGGGGCAACCACUCAAGUGCCUCCAGCGCAGCGGAUGGCAGCCACGAGGAGGCCGGUGUGGAGAAGUAUGGAGUACCCGUCUUCUCAUUAUCUGAUCGAUGGCUUGCUGUUACCCCACCUGCAUCCUCGUCUCUCUUUCCCGUCAAUGGUACGGCAUUGCUGUCACCUUACAACGAAAGGCCUCCCGGCCUGACUCACCACACUGUGCCGCCCCAGCCUUCGGCGAAUUGCUCCGUGGACGCUCCCGAGGCAGACAGUUUGAUCAAUCGACUUACCAGAGAGGGAACUCAAGUUGCCAUCAAAGGAGCACGCUGGGCCACCGAGAAGGGAAUCCAAGCAUUCAAGAGCUACAUGAAUCGGGGUCCGCAACCUAACGGAAGUGGUAAUAACAUUCCUUACGGCGCGGAACCGACGCAGCAACAGUAUUUUCCCCCUACCCAUGGACACAACCAGGCACAACCAAGGCAGGAAACUACCGUCAUCUCCAUUUACGAUCUUCAAAGGCUUGUUGACGGAGAAGAGACGAAGAGCAAGCAUAUGCUCACCCCAGUUGCGACCAUACCAGCCGUGCUGGGCUGCAGCUUCCUCUCGUUCUCGCCAUCGGGGCUGAUGCUGAUGACGGUAAGUAGUAAAGGAGAUCUUCAGGACGUCUGGGACCUUAAGCGAAUGAACUUCCGCCGUGCUCGCAAAUCGACUCGCGAGCAACCCAUGGGUCCACAUGUGAGACAGGUCGCAAGAUUUGCUCGUAUGACCGUCACCAAUGUAGUGGACGUUGUCUGGUCUGGCCCACGAACCGACAAGAUCGCGGUGCUCACGGACAAAGGAACUGUACACAUGUUCCUGAUGCCUUCAUACGCAUUCCAGUGGCCACCUCCCCGGCGGACUCGGAGAGCUGGACAGGCUGGAAAGGUGGAUGAUGAAGGCAGCCCGGCGAAUGCACGCGGCGGUGGCGCAGUUAAUUCUGCGAUGCAAGCUAUCAACGGAACUGCGAAGCCUUUCUUCGAUGCUGUCCGCUCACGCAAUACUGGUAAUGGAUCACGGUUUCCCUCUUUCAGCAGUCUAGGUAUGACGCCCGCUGCUGGUGCGAAAUCGGGCAAAGCUGUUGCUGCAGGUGUGGGCAAAUCGAUCAACAACAUCCGACAUGCGGGCGACAACAAGCUUAGCAUCCCAGCCUCUUCCAUUGGAAUCAAACCGGAUAGUGUUCGGUGGUUGACGGGGAAGGGCCUCGGCUGCAUAGCCUUGGUUGCCGGCGGUAUACUUCAGAUCUACAGAAUACAGAUGCGAGCUGCGUCUGGCAAAGGAAAGUGUGCCAAUGCAACCUCCAUCAGCAAGAAGAAACUGGUCGAAUUUGGUUUGGCUCCCAUUCGCGAUUCACCCGUGCCACCUGCGAUCGUGGCUCUAUUGUUUUCGCCGCCUGGAGAGCCCGAACAAAUGGUUGACGUUCACGGCGAGUGGCUCCCUCGAUCGUUGCCGUCUCGAAGGCCAAAGCAUGGAUUGGUUCCAGGGAAGAAGGCUACAGCCAGUCCUGCACCUCUCAGCUUUUCCGAAAUCGAGACGAACCCGCCAUACCAGCCUUUCUACACAGAUCGCAGAGUGACCCGAUUCACGUUUGCAAAGGCUACCAGUGAACUCCAAGGAAGCAACAGUGAGUGGCCAGCUGCUCCUGCUGAGCUUGUUUCCGAUUUGCAUCACGACAAUGACCACAGUGCUUGGCUCUUCGGAGACGAAUUCGAUGCUGUACGGAUUUCCACUCCCGUCACGCAGAUAUACGAAUCAGACGAUGAGGAUGCAAUCGCUGGCGUUGCAGCCCGGGUGCGAAACCAAACAGUCCUCAGGGAUGGCGAGGAGGAAAUCGAGCAGGUCGUGGUCACUACCAGACGUCGACGCGUGAGAAGAGAAGGCGGUGCCGAGGAAGAAGAAGGAUUCUUCGAGGACGACUGCGAGGUACUGGAUUUUGCAGAGGACAGAGUUUAACGCAAUGCAUCUUUCAACUCUACUCAUCAUUUGGCUGCUCAAGCCACAUUCGAUCGCUUUGCAUAGACGGUUUGGGUCCGGAUUGGGGCAUAUUCGAUCAAUUACUAUAAGAAACAACACAUGCCGGCGUUACGGAGUCUCGCAAUUACAUUAAGUAUAUACAGGCCGAAAUUAUCCGUAUGUAGCGUUGGAUAUAGCAGUAUAUAGCAGAAAUACCC